AUGCUGCGGGUGCGUCAGCUGGUGGAGAGGGCGAAGCGGCUGCCGCAGGAUCCUGACCUCGCCUUCUGCUAUGACAUGCUGAACCGUGUCAGCCGCAGCUUUGCUGUCGUGAUCCAACAACUAGGGCCGGAGCUCCGCGAUGCGAUCUGCUUGUUUUACCUCGUGUUGCGCGGCCUCGAUACUGUUGAGGAUUCGAUGGAUAUUCCGGUAGUCACGAAGCUGCCAAUCCUCCUCAGCUUUCACAAGACCAUGUACGACCCCACCUGGACCUUUCCAUGCGGAGAGAACCAUUACAAGAGGUUGAUGGACAACUACCCAUGCGUGACGCGAGCAUUCCUGCGACUAAACAAACAGUACCAAGAGGUCAUCGCUGACAUCACCCGGCGGAUGGGCGCAGGCAUGGCAAAGUAUAUCGAAAAGGAGGUCGUUACGCGCGCCGACUUCGACGAGUACUGCCAUUACGUCGCGGGCUUGGUCGGAUUAGGGCUUUCGGGGCUGUUUGAGCAGUCGGGGCUCGAGGAACGCGCGCCCGACGAACUGUCCAACUCGAUGGGGCUGUUUCUACAAAAGACCAACAUCGUGCGAGACUAUCUGGAAGACAUUAACGAGGAGCCGGCGCCGCGCAUGUUCUGGCCGCGGGACGUGUGGUCUAAGUACGGGGAGAAACUAGAGGAGUUCCGAGAGCCGGCCCACCGCGAGGCUGCGGUGCACUGCGCCAACGACCUCAUCACCGAAACCCUGCGGCACGUGCCUCACUCCCUCCGGUACAUGGCGGCGCUGAGGGAUCCCCUCGUCUUCGGCUUCUGCGCCAUCCCUCAGAUUAUGGCGAUUGGCACCCUCGCGCUGUGCUACAACAACCCCGCCGUCUUCACGGGCGUGGUCAAGCUGCGGCGCGGCCUGAGCGCCAAGGUCAUGGACCGCACCAAGACCAUGGAGCACGUCUACCGGGACUUCCUCAACUGGACACGUGUCAUCAAGCGAAAGGUCACCAAGACGGACCCAAACGCCGAGGCGACGAUAAAGCGCUGCGAGAAAAUUGAGAAGCUGUGUUUAGACGGGUUGGCGCCCUAUCAGAGGAGCCAACUACCGGCCAUUCUUUUGAAACUGUUCAUCAUUCUUCUGCUUGCGGUCGUCGGAUUCCGACUGAGCGCGACGGGGCUGCACUGGGAGGGCCUCGGCCUCGCGCUGUCGUUGGACGCCGAGACUGUCCGAAAUGUUGUUGCCCUGCUCCUCAUUGCGAUUGGGAGCCUAUUCGUUCUAGGGAUUGUUUAA